UUUUCUUUUUUCAAUAUAAAAUCCAACCGUGAAACCCUUGUGGUCACUUUUUACAACCGGAGAAGAGAAGAGAAGAGACGAGACGUCAAGCCACCGAAAUAACUCUGUUUCAAUGGAAGAAGUGAAAGCAGCGGUGGCUCCUCCUUUUCCCCCGGCGACGAAGAAGAGGCCACUCGACUCCAAUGCUAACUCCACUUACUUCAAGAUUCGUGCCGCUGUUCGAGACCUUCGUCCUCACUUGCUCGAGGUUAUCCGAACUCCUGACUACAAAAAUUGCAAGGCAUCCCGUGAAAUUCAACAACAGCUGAAGAUCCUGACAAGGUUAUGUGAAAGCAUGAAAGAUGAACAGUCAAAGGCUGGUCAGAACAUUGAUCAGAAAACACUGAAAGAGCAGCAGUCUCGACAAUCUGAAAUUAAGCUUACUCCACCAGUUCCUGGCUUUCAGAAGCAGCCGGUUGAAGAUGGUCUUCCAGGGACAUAUGUAGUUGGAGGAUCUGCAUUUGGCUGGAAUUUUAUCACUUUUUCAGGAAAAGAACCUGUCUAUUGCGGUAGGUCAAAGGAAGAAUUCCGAAUUGGAAAAGUUUCUAAGUAAUCUUAUGGAACUUUAAUAUUGAAAGCUUUAAGAUACAAGACACUUGAUAGAUGCCGUUCUGAGAUUGGUUAGAUUUUAAUAUGGAAAGCAAAUGAUGUUAAAAGUUUUAGUCAAAAAGGAAAAUUAUUCAUGUGAAGUAAUUUAUGAUGUUCUUAUACCAUGUCUUGUGUCGUGAUC